UUGCAGGCUGCAUCGACCGCACAGUGGCAUCAUUAUGAAUAAGGAUAAAGAUUACGUGUCGGAAUUUAUGGAUUUCCACGGAAUGAAGCUGCCAUGUCCAAAAAAGAAGAGACGAAAAAGAAAAAGUAUAUGCGCGAGAAACGCAUGCCCUCGACACAGAAAUAUUCGCCCUAAACCUCGCCAACCCCUCCGCUACUGCCUGGGGCGCUCCAAGUCAGGCAAGUCGGGCAAGUCAGGCCAGCGUCGCAAGUCUAAGCGGCCACGCCGAAUGAAGUCUGAAGACGAGUGCUUCGGACCCGGGGACGGACGGGACAAGUGGCCUUGGAGUAUGAUUAAGAGAAAGGGCCGCGGCCGCCUCCGCAAGGGCAUGUUCAAGACGCACUCGCUUACGAAGCUAGCGUGCAAGAAGGAGGUGAAACCAGACAUACGCUACGGCAUACUGCUGGGCUCGCAUAAUAUGUACGAUGAGCGGUUUGGUGCAAAGUCCCGCGGCAAGCAAGCCCUGGUGAUGAGUGUGACGGCGUACUGCCUCGCGUUCCACUACCACCCCAGGCAGUGGACCACGAAACUGGUCGACAAUCUGCUAGCUACGGGGGAGGCUUGGUACCUGCAGCUACUAGAGAAGGUGCACGACCACGAGGCGGUGCGCGGCAUCUGCGAGGUGCUGCCCUUCGGCAAGAAACACGCGUUGAACUUAAACGGCAAGAAGAUGCAAGUUCUGCUCGGCGAGCCUGAGAUCGUGGGUUACACGAUGUGUAUGGAUCCGCGCAUCUACAACCUGUGUCGCGCGCUGCGGGUGUUCUUCAGACAGAAUAGAGCCGGGGUUAUGAUGACGAGGGUCCUGAAAGUGGUGAUAUGGCGAGACAGAAUAUGCUACUACAUAUUCGACCCGGCGGGCCGAGACAAAAAGGGCUUCGUCAAUUAUAAAGAUGGAACAGCCGCUCUCAUAAACGUGAAAGACGUAGAGUCAGUGGCCGAAAUGCUUCUAUCUCGCUCUAUUGUUGAAGACCAAAAAUUCGUUCUAGCUCCACUAAAAGUCCUCAAAAUGCUCGAUGAAAAAGAUGACGAAGAUUUAGAAUCGGAUGUCGAGCCGACCCAAGCAGAAAAAGCGAUGUUGGGCUACAGGAUACUGACGGAAAACAACGCUAUAUGCAAUGGAACAAUGCAUUUAGGCGACAAAAGCUUUGAAGACGCUAAAUACAGACAGUCACUUCCAAUAGCGUUAGUCGCUAUGACUUACGCGAAAAUAUCGCCCCCCAACACGUGGUACUCGAAAACUGUAAACAAAAUCUUGCGACUAGGAAAUAAAUUAUACCACGACUGCAUAAACCCUAAAAUCCUAGCCGAUCUAACCAUAAACAGUAUUCCUAACCAGAUCAAAGUGGGGCCCUAUGUCUGUGAGAUAAUCAUCUACAGGGAAAAAGUUACUGGGCAGUUGUUUACACCGAACGAAUGCCUAUUCAACAUAAACAGGGGUCUCGAAGAAUUCUUUACUCUGGAAAACUGUGGUAUACUGGAAUUUAGCAAUUACUAUCUAGCUGUAUGGAAGCAGAAAGAGAUGUAUUACAUGUAUGACCCUUACCCGAGGACAGCUGAUGGUUUGAGGGCCCUGCAGGGUGGGAAAGCCUGUGUCAUGAUGUUUCUGAACCCCUGGGCGUUGGCUGAAGCCUUCACAGCUAAUUGGGACUACAUGCCUGAGACUACACCGUUCUGUGUUCACGGAUUCAAAGUUUUGAAGCUUCGGAAGAAGGAUAAUAAGCACAAGCUCUACUGCUCUCUAAGCGGCGACCGCAUUCGCAAGCGAGUAAAACGCCGAGUACUAGAAGUUUGCGACUGCGACGGCGCGGGCGGGGAGGGGGCGGGGCCUCGGGGCGCGGGGGGUGAAGGAGGGGGCGUGGCUGAUGUUGAUGAUGACGUGUGGAGCAAGCCGUCCACGGCUAAGAUUAGCGGGGCUGCUGCGCCCAAACUAGCUGAAGAGAAGAUGGGAGACAUCAUAUCGCUAGUGGAGAGUAUUCUGGAGGGGCACGUGCCCCCGAUACCGAUGCGGUAUAAGAACGCACCGCCCGAUGAAGAGAUAGAGAAACCAGUGGACCUAGACUCGCCGACCGUGUCGGCCACGCAGAUAGUGCCGCCGUGGCCGCGCCCCAGAGACAAGAGUAACGAGGCUCCCGACCCAGACCCUGACCCCGAGCCCGAGGCGCCGCCGCCGCCGCCACCGCCUGGUGAAGGUGCUGGUGAAGAGGCGGGCGAAGAAGAAGAAGAAGAGGACAUAGACGAGGAGACGGAGAACCGGCGCGCCGCUGAAAAGGCUCGUUUAGCGGAAGAAAGGAGGAGGGCCCAGGAGCUGCCGCCGCCGCUGCCGCCGCCGCCGUCGCCGCAGCCGGAGCCAGAGCUGGCCCCACCACCGCGUAUCUGCGAAGAAGAGAUCGAAACCCUCGAGCCCAUCGAAGUAGACCGCCAAGUCCUGCUCACAGAAGACGCAAAGAAACGCUACAAAAUACGACAACUACGCAAAAAGGCCGCACCGCCGCUAAUCGAGAUACUCCAACCGACCAAAACCGCUUCAGACGAACUACUAGAACCGAGUAACUUCAACACGUUGCCAGAUUCUUCGCAAAUCGUGUCUGGGACAGAUUUUAUAGCCAACGAAGAGGCUCAGCACGUGAUGCCUUUCGUCUCGAUAAUGGCGAUUGUGACGUCAUACAAGUACUCUAUAAACACUUGGACGAGUGGAAUCGUUGAUUUCGUGGUGCAAGCGGGAAGAGAGUUGUAUGAUAAUAAGAGAGCGAAGUUCCAGUUUGCGCCGAUGCAUGUUAUACCGAGGAUUCGGAUUGGGCGUCAGACAUACGAAGCGGUAAUCGACGUGGUCGCCGAAGGGCCCACCUGGAAGCUGGAAGAGGUACUAAACCGUCAGUUCUGCUGCCGCUUCGACCGCCUCAUGAUGACCACUUGCAACUAUAGCGCCGCCAUAUUCCUGAGAAAUGGCCUGUAUUAUAUGUAUGAUGCGAGCCCGUGUAAUCCUAUGGGCUUAAGAGAGGAUACUGAUAUGGGAGGCGCGUGCUUCUUGCGCUUUAGGACUUUACAUGACUUGGUUACACGAAUGCUAUUCAACAAGGACGGCAAACGAGAAGACCAGCAGUUCGUGAUGAGUCGCAUCAUCGUGCGCCAAUUGUCCAAAGAGCCUCGUAUGCAACUGCCUGACGACUAUGAAUACGCGACCGGCCGCCCCAGGUGCCCUAACUCCAAGACUACUAUAGCAGCCAAGCCGAAGAAGAAAACCACCGUCAUCGACCCCAAUAUAGGCUCCAUGGUCGACAAGAAAGUACCAAUAGGGUACCAACAGUCAGAGUGUGGGACCUAUGUCAUUGAAGGGACAACGUCUCUUGGACCGAGAAGCUCAUCGGAUUAUAUACAAGAUUGCCACUUCGUGUCGCUAGUAGCCAUGUUGUUAGCCACCAUGCAUCCAGUAAAAACCUGGGACCAAAUCAUGAUCGACGUCUGCCUAGAGAAGGGUCUAGAAAUAGCGGACAAGGCCACCAACUUGAAUAUAUGCGAGAAGCGUGCCCUCAGAAAUGUGAUCAUCGAUGGUAAAUACAUCAAUCUGAAUAUAAAGAGGAUAGAGGUUAUUAAUGAGAAUCCAGAGAGGACGUUGGAUCAGUAUUUGAACGCCGUUAUGCAAAGACUCCGUUACGUCAUGAUCAGGUUUCCUGAAUGUUGUCUCGUGGUGUGUCACUCGGAUGAAUACUACCACUUAUUUGACCCCUACGAGUCCCCCAUAGAGUCGGAAUUCUACUGCGGCUCAUCAUACUGCCCAUCGCGCGAGUCCGUGGCCUCAAAUGGCAGCUCUAAAAAAGGAGAUAAAAGACCACCGAGGACACUGUUUAACGCCACUUGGUCGCUCUGUCCCACUCUAGACAACGUGCUCUAUAGGAUACGGACUGUAGUGUCGCCUGAAACAGUAGAAGAGCCAGAGUUUUACAACUUCGAACUGACGUCAGUGAAAGCCCUUCCCAAAUACUCGGCACUAAACUGUAAACUGAGCCCUAUGUUUAAAGCAGAUGUCAACCCGAACGCACCCUACCUCCGCCCGAAGAAGCGGUGCCCUCGGAUUGACGAGAAACUGUACUGGUUGUGUUCCGACGGCGUUCCGUGGUCGAGGAUGAAUACGGAAAACAGCAUCGGCUGCCCGCGCCGCUCACCCCCAGCGGUAUGGAACGACUGGGAUAUAGAAGUCCCUGGAGAUCUCUACUCUGUCUGGGGAUCGCUACACCCCAACCACGACAAGUAUGUUGAAAGUCACCGCGGCACGCAGUAUCUAGCUACUUGCGUGGUCGCGCUCGCCUUCACUAAAGUCUGUAGACUCAGCGCGUGGACCGGCCGCCUCAUCGACGGUAUAGUUGACGCAGGGGACCACUACCACCAGCGAUGCCUGGAGUGUGUUGGAGAAGAACCAAAUACGGAACUAACCCUUGAGGUGCUACCGAAAACCUUCGAACUGUACCCGUACUCCUUCAAAGUUAAAUUCGAACAGGUCAUCUUUGGAUUCAUGUACAAUAAGCUGCAAGAUAGGUAUAAUUUAAGUGCGGCUCUUGAGUACUUCUUCGAAGCACACGACACUGGUAUACUUGUUUCUCCGAGCAAGAAUCUCGGGUUCGGAAAAAUUGCUGCGUCAUACUUCAUGUUCGAUUGUCAAAGCUUUGGAGUUCCCCUGUUUUCGCCUGACCAAGGAGUGGCGUACAUGUUGAAAUGUGAGAGUCUCAAUAGGUUAAUUUACUGUAUGACGAUGACGUUAAAUGUGAGGAAGCAUGGUCAGGUGUUCCAUUUGUACAGGGUAAAUAUACGCGUUCAGAGUAAAAAAGACAAUGAAAAUCAACAGUAAUAAAGUAUAUUGUUAAUGUA